AUGUGGCACAGAGGAGUUCUGACCCUCCUUUGCAAUUCGUGUAGGUAUGUUAUUCGCAGAUGGCACGUUCCAUUACUAGGAGUGGAUUGCAAUGCCAACCCGAGACACAAACAAGUUUUAUCUAAUCCGGCCCCCAGGUCUAGAGGAAUUCCCAAAUAUUUAGAGAAGUACAUUUUUUACAAACAGGCUCCGAGAAAUCCUAAAUAUAAAUCGCAGUUUAUUACUAUGUAUACAGCAGGUCGGAAGUACAGACAACAGAUUAAGAAAACUGCUUAG